UGCAUAGCACACAAGAUUUGGUGUCAAUCCAAUACCAGGUAGAUACAGCGCUGGUAUCGUUGAUUCCGAUAAAUAUUUAAGUUUGCAAGACAGUCAACCGGACAAGUUAAAGGACAAGAAGCGGCAGUAAAAAAAAAAACGGGAUUCAUCCCAUGCAGCCGGUCAGUUGAAUGCAGUUUUAAAAAAGCUUUAAGGCAACUCAAGGCGACGUUAAAGUGAUUUUCGAAGAGGUUCUCCGUGGAUUUCGGGACUCGUAAUUGGGACGCUUUAGCCGGCUGUAAACGCUGUAUGGGACAACAAAGGCGAGUCGACCCAGCUGCUUUUCUUUUUUUUUAUUAUUUUUUUUUUGGGUGCCUGUUGUUGUCCCGCAAGUUGAUUUUUCUUUCAUUUCAUUGAAUCCCGCUAACCGAGCGGUAUCCCGGCUAAGGAAGACCCCCGAAGAGGACUGAACAAGUCGUCGUCGCCGAUCCCGGUGGAGCUCUUGCACCAACAUUCCCCCAAUGAACAUACAGAGGUCACGUCCGAUUAACAUUUCACGUCAUGGACGAUCGCGGCACAAAUCGCACGACUUCGAAGAUUUAUCUUGCCUGAGGAGCGCCGCCGAGUCGCCCCAGAGCUUCAGUCCCAACCUCGGCUCGCCCAGCCCGCCGGAGACCCCCGACGCCUCGCACUGUAUCUCCCGCAUCGGGGACUACCUGCUGCUGGAGCCCCUGGAGGGGGACCACGUCUUCAGGGCCGCCCAUCUGCACAGCGGCGAGGAGCUGGUCUGCAAGGUGUUCGACGUAGGCCGCUACCAGGACUCUCUGGCGGCCUACUUCGCCCUGGGCCGCCACCAGCACAUCAACCAGGUCCUGGAGGUCCUGCUGGGCGAGACGCGGGCCUACGCCUUCUUCGAGCGCAGCCAUGGCGACAUGCACUCGUUCGUGCGCACCUGCAAGAAGCUGCGCGAGGACGAGGCCGCCCGCCUCUUCUACCAGAUCGUCUCGGCCGUGGCGCACUGCCACGACGGCGGCCUGGUGCUGCGAGACCUCAAGCUGAGGAAGUUUGUCUUCAAGAACGAGGGCAGAAGCGCUCUGAAGCUGGAGAGCCUGGAGGACACGUACAUCCUGGCGGGCGGCGACGACUCGCUCUCCGACAAACACGGCUGCCCGGCCUACGUCAGCCCCGAGAUCCUCAACGCGGGCGGCAGCUACUCGGGCAAGGCGGCCGACGUCUGGAGCCUGGGCGUCAUGCUUUACACCAUCCUGGUGGGCCGCUACCCUUUCCACGACGUGGAGCCCGGCUCGCUCUUCAGCAAGAUCCGCCGCGGCCACUUCAGCGUGCCCGACACGCUCACCCCCAAGGCCAAGUGCCUGAUCCGCGCCAUUUUGCGCCGCGAGCCCUCCGAGCGCCUCACCUCCCGCGAGAUCCUCCAGCACCCGUGGUUCGACGCGGCCGCCGCGUCCCCGCUCGGGGCGCCGCCGGGUGGGCGGGGGGAGCCGGAGCAGAUGGUACCCGACGUGAACAUGGAAGAGGAGCACUUGUUCAGCUGAGCACAAGCACAAGCGGACGGACCGCAGCCGUAGUUUAGCCAGGUUAUUGCUUUUUUUUUUUUUUUUUUUUUUCCCCCCCCCUCAUUUUCCCCCCUCAGCAUUUUCACAGGAAAAAAAACAAAACAAAACAACCUCCAAGCCUGGCAUGAUGAACAUCGGGAGCUGACCCACAAAUAAUAAUGUAGCAACAUCUGCUUUAAAAAAAAAAAAAAAAAAAAACGAACUCUUCUUUUGUUUUGCUUUGAUGUGGUGUUCGUAACGAUUAGACACAUUUUUGACUCUGCGGCAAGCAUGAAGGGACACACUGACAACGGGAUUCCUCAUCAUUUCUGGGAUUUAAAAAAAAAUAAAAAUGUUUUUGUUGUAUCUCCUCAGCUUUCUGAAUCUCCCAGAAUCUUUUGCUAAAACACGAAAUGGUGCCGCCGCCGUUUGGCAGCAUCAUCCUUUUGAUGUGUGUGCCGCCAUUUUCAAUUUGGAACUUUUGGGUGGCAAAAUUCUGGGGAUUUUCAAAGUUGGAAACUUUCCAUGGGAAUGAACAUAAAUUUAGGGCAAUUAUCGGGAAUACAUUUUAGAAUUUGACUCUUAAUAACGAACUUGAAUAUACUUUACUGUUGUUGAAAUAAGUAUGAGCGCUGCAACUCUAAUAAUUGAUAAAACAUUUUUUGAUGUAUUUUAAUUUCUUUAAUUUGUUUUGACUGCCACCCAUAAAUAACUCAAGUUUCCAGUAAGUUUGAAUGGGUUAAACUGGGCAAUUAUGAAACUAUUCCAAAUUUUAUUUAUUUAUUUUUUUCCCCCUGGGAAUUAUCUGGAAAUUAAGGGUAAUUUAAUGGAAUAAUUUUAUAUUCAAGGGUAAAAAGUAAACAUUUUACUAGCCCAAUAUUAUAAUUGCCUGAGUCAUUUUGUAAGUAGUAAUAUUUUUGUUUUGGACUGCACAAAAAAAAAAAAACGGGUUCCCGACAAAGAUCUUUGAAUGAGCAAAUUUGCAGAUACCGUACUUUUCAACUAUAUUCCCAUUUAUUCCCAUAAAUUCAUGUUAAACCCAACUUUGAAAAUUCCCGCAAUUUUGCAACCCGAGAAACUGCUUCCUGUUACGAAAUCUGUGCACUUGACGUGUGGCCAUCGUUUGAAAUGUUCUAUUUAAAGUCUUUAGAAAAAUAAAAGCGCAGCAUUUAUUUAAAUCAAACAGUUAUAUAUAUGUAUAUAUAUAUAUAUAUAUAUAUAUAUAUAUAUAUAUAUAUAUAUUAUAUAAAAGUAUAAAUCUAUAUAUUUAAAAAGUACUACAUUGCAGGUUCUUUUUUGUUGUUUGUUUUCUUUUGACACAGGACGCGCUUGUCUCACGCUGGGCAGCCAUCUUGUGUGCCAGAAUUCCCGCCGCCACUCUCCCUCUUCACUCGGUGACAGUAUUCUCCAUGUUACUUGAAUUUGUAUUUAAAAAAAAAAUAAAAAAUAAUAAAAAUGAUUAUUAUUGGCAUGCGUCCAUGAAUGCUAUAAGGUUGACUAGAAGCAAUGGUUGGGUUUAAUCAGCUUUAAAACUAAAAUUCUCCCCCUCUACAAGUCAAGAAGCUAGUUGUAUUUUAUUUUACCUUUUUUUUUUUUUUUUUUUUUUUGUAGACAGAGCUUCCUUUUUGAUUUAAGUUGGUGCUGAUUCGGUGCUACUGUUUAGUCCUGGAGGUAGGGAAGGGUGUCUUUGGUGGUGCAUGGUGGGAUAUCUGCCUGAGAUGUUCUGAGUGUAUCGUUUAAAAAAAAAAAAGAAAAGAAAAGAAAAUGAAAAAAAAAAAGAGAUUCUAGUGUUUUGUCCAAAUUUAUUAUUCCGUAAAUAAAAUUGUGAACUGCAA